AGUUUUUUUACUGAUUUGACUGAAUAUCGUCAUUGAUAGUAAAUAAAUCUGCAGAUGACGGAGUAUCAGGAUUUGAUCCUCGCCUCUCCGAUGAGACUGGAGGGUAAGAAAUAUCAGGCUUUGAUAGCUUUUGCUCUAAAAGGGACAGAAGACCAUGAAGAUGACGCUUUGGUGGCAUCUGCUGAAAAGGGAAUAGAUGGUUCUGAAGAUAAGUUCUUGAUUAUAGAUAGUUCAUCUCAAUAUUUAUCCGGAGUUACAAAGGAUCAGGGGUUUAACGUUCUCGGACAAAAUUCAGAUACACCAAAUCAAGCGGAUCCAAGUUCUGCUCCAGGUACAUCCGGAGAUACAGAAGAUAUGGGUGUAAUCGUAUCUGUUCCAAGUUAUGCUUCAAGUACAUCCGGAGAUACAGAAGAUAUGGAUGUAUUCAUAUCUGUUCCAAGUUAUGCUCCAGGUUUUCCUGAAGAAAGGGUAAAUCGUGGAUCUACGGUAACUGUUCCAAGUUCUGAUCAAGAUAUUGUCAGAGACACGGAGGCUCAUGUAUCUGAUCCAGGAGUACCUCGAGAUUCUGAAAAUCACGGAUCUACGGUAGCUGUUCCAAGUUCUGAUCCAGAUAUAAUCAGAGACCCAGAGUUUCAAGAUUUGAAAGUAUCUGUUCCAAGUUCUGCUCCAGGUUUACCUGGAAAUACAGAAAAUGAUGGAUCUAAGGUAUCUGUUCCAAGCUCUGCUCUAGGUUUAUCUGGAGAUACAAAUAAUCAUGGAUCUAUGGUAGCUGUUCUCAGUUCAGAUAUAGGUAUACCGGGAGAUUCGAUUAAUCCUGCAAGUCUGAGUAAACUUGAAGAUUUAGAGGAUCAGGGUGUAAUAGUUUCCGUACCAAGUCCUGCUCUAGGUAUACCCGGAGAUACCGAGAACACUGCACAGCUCUCCUCGGUCUGGUGUUCAGAGUUAACAAACCUCAUCCAGGCAGUAGCUGGGCCGGUGAUAGAAGCUAGGCAGGUUUACUUGUCUAGGCUUUUGAACCUGGGCGAGCAGGUCAACUUGUCUAGGUUAUUGAACCUGGGUGAGCAGGUCAGCUCGUUUAGGUUAGCUGGGCGGAUAUCAACCAGGAGACUUAAGAUACCUUUACUCUACAUCAUUAAAUUUAUUCAGGAUACUGUUAUGUUUCUAAUGCUAUGGCCUGCUCCUAUUCUGCUUCUUUGUCUAUUCUUUACUCUGAACAUAUACCUAAACCUAUCAAUAAUCCAUAUUAGAAUAGUCGGUAAAUUAAGCUUGAAGAAGGAGAUACCUAAACUAAGAGCACAAGCAGCAGAACUAUUCCUUUGUAUUGGAUCCUUCCUUCAUAACUGGAGAGUAGAAGGACUGGAGAAUAUACCUAAUACAGGUGGUUGUUUGUUCAUCUACCAUCAUGGAACCCUGCCUAUAGAUUAUAUCUACCUCGUAGCGUUUCUUUACCUCAAAAAAGGUCGAAUAAUAGAAAGUGUUGUUGAUCGAUCGUUAAUGCUGAUGCCAGGACUUCAGACUUUAACAAAAAUACUACGGUGUUCAUCCCCCAACAGACAGGAGUGUAUCCAGAAACUGAAAGAGGGAAGAUUUCUUGGCAUUGCUCCUGGAGGGGGUAAGCAGGCCAUGUUUGAUUCUGAAUGGGGAGAGCGGCGUGGAUACGCAAUAGUUGCAGCAAAUGCGCAAUGUCCAGUACUUACAGUGUACACAGGAAAUAUUAAUUAUGCGUUUCUUACACUAGACUGGAGCAGACCUUUAUUUAAGCUUAUCUACAGGUUUACUAAGAUUGCUGGUGGAGCUGUUUACGGAGGAUUACCUCUCACCCUUCACACUAUCAUAGAUAAUCCAUUACGACAUCAAACCCUUUUCCAACCCAAACAUCAGCCACGCGGUCUGAGGGUUCAAGAUAAUAACACAAAAUCAGCAGAAACCAUAGUAAAAUAUUCUCACCCAAAGAAUCGAUUAAACCUACCGAAUCCUAGUUCUGAUAAUCGAUUAGCCGUGCAUAUUUCCAGCUCUCAAGAUUGGUUAAAGGUUGGAAGAAGAUGGUCGCCUGGGAUCAAAAGAUCAACGAAUGAAAGGGAUAUGUUGAACGAGGUUCGGAUGGAUCUCGACUUUCUCCGAGUAGAGCUGGAAGCAUUCACCACGGCAUGCAAUAUUCUUAGAUACAGUAGAGGUCCAGUUCUUUUUGAAAAAUUUGAGGUCCAGCAUAAAAGUUCUUCUUCUAUAAAACAGAGCAACGAAGGGGAUACAAACUGGAAAAGUUUAGAAGAAAAGCAGAAGAAGGACGACGGUGAUGAGGAGUUGAAGGAAGAAGAUGAUGAUGAUUAUGAUUAUAAUGAUGAUCCUGAAUUUAAAACGGAUAUGUCCAACCUAUCCAAAGAAGAACAGUCCAAGAUAAUUGACUCACUCGUCAGAAAAAGUUUGCAAAGGCUCAAACAAACACAUCAGUUUUGUGAGAGUUAUGGUGAAUGUUUAGAAGAAUGGCUUCAACAUCAACAUUUAGACUUCCAUCACCGAAGGUUGACUCUGUUCCUUUAUAAACUUCUUCCAUCCUUGGUUCUACUUUUUCUCAUCCUUCUUAUUUCAAGAAUUCUAAGGUUUUUACUCUGGGAUUUUUACGCAGUUUUGAUGUAUCAAACCUUCAAGUUCGUUCUAUUAAUCAUCUCAGGAUUUAGUACUAGUACCCUACUCGUGUAAACAUCCUUAUCCUUAUCCUUAUCCUUAUCCUUAUCCUUAUCCUUAUCCUUAUCCUUAUCCUUAUCCUUAUCCUUAU